AUGGCUAAGAAGCGCCAGACAACGCAGACAACGCCCGUGCAGAAGCCUUUAGUCGAGAUAUCUGAAGACGAACAGUGGCGCUUGAUAGAACAAACUGGUGUCCUUAGGAAGGUAGCUGAGACACGAAAACCUAAGGAGACUACAGACAAUGUGGAACCACUCCCACUUGCUGACGAGAUCUUCAAUGCGGUUGUGUUCAUCAUGCCGUUGACGUUCUUUCUCAUCAUGAUGGACAUCCUCAUACAUCGGCAGUAUGCACGGCACCCAACUGCUGGUGAUAUUGCUGGACGGCUCUUCACAAACUUACCCAUUUUGUCCAUAUUUGUGUUCUACACUACGCGGCACAAGGCUAAUUCUCGAAUGCAACUCGCUCUAUUCAUACUUUCCCUUGGUGUUGGGCCCCGAAUGAUAUGGCUUAUAAACCGUGGAUCAUGGCUUGUCAAUAUGCGACAGUGUCCGCAAUUCGCAACAAUAUGGCUAUACACAGUCGUACAGUUGAACUUGAAUUGGGCCGUCCUCUCUUUAGUGGUGACAGGAGCUUGGGCAUGGUACACAGGAAUGAAACUCGCUCUGUGA